GACCCUUCUUCCAUGCCUGUUACCGUUGUAUACAGAGAAACGGGACCAAACAAUGUUGAGACAUCUUCGAAAAUGGAAAAAGUAUCCGACGAGGAUGGGAUUCGAACCCACGCGUGCAGAGCACAAUGGAUUAGCAGUCCAUCGCCUUAACCACUCGGCCACCUCGUCACGUAUCAGAUAUACGUGGAGAUUUUGUUCCUCAUCGUCAGUGUUAAACGUAAGACUCAAGAUGGUGGACUCGCAGUACUACCUCCCAAAUGACAUCAGCGUCUCUGCUCUUGACUGUGGCGAGGCCUUUCGCUUGCUUUCCCCUCAGGAGAAGAUGUACGCCCACUACAUGUCACGCGCCGCUUGGUAUGGUGGUCUGGCAGUGCUGCUGCAGACGUCCCCAGAGUCUGCAAACAUCUUUGUCUUGCUGCAGAGAAUCUUCAGGAAGCAGACGCCUGCACAGCUGGAACAGGUCGCCACAGCAGCUGGACUCAGCUCUGAGGAGUACCAGGCAUUCUUGGUGUAUGCAGCUGGUCUGUAUGCCAAUAUGGGAAACUACAAAUCUUUCGGAGACACCAAGUUUAUCCCAAAUCUGCCCAAGGACAAGCUGAAAGCUCUGGUGAAGGCCAGCCAAGCAUUUCAGGAGCAGCCGACUGAGAUGGAGGCUCUGUGGGACAGCUGUUCGUGUCCCCUCUACUCCCUUGAAGACAAACAGAAACAGCUGGGGUUGGGCGACAAGGGAAUUACCACCUACUUCUCAGGAAACUGCGGUCUUGAGGAUGCUGAGCUGGCUCAGAAGUUCCUCGACUCGAAAAAACUGUCGGCUUACAACACCCGUCUGUUUAAGAGGGACAAUGGAGGUAAAGCCUGCUAUGAGGUGCGCCUGGCUUCAGCUGUGCAGAAAGACUGCACAGUGGAGGGGGAAUGUGAGUCAUGCUGCGGGAGCUUCAACUUUGAAGACAAAGAGUUCACUGUGAAGAGAGGAGACUAUGCUCCCAUCAUGGAGAAAGUCUCCUAUUACCUGCGACAAGCUCAGGCCUAUGCUGCAAAUGAGAACCAGAAAAAGAUGCUUGAUGAGUAUAUUCGAAGCUUCACCUUUGGCUCCAUUGAAGCCCAUAAAGAGGGCUCGCGCUACUGGAUCAAAGACAAGGGACCAAUUGUUGAGGGUUAUAUAGGCUUCAUAGAGAGCUACAGAGACCCAUUUGGCUCCAGAGGAGAGUUUGAAGGUUUCAUCGCGGUUGUGAGCAAAGCGAUGAGUGAACGUUUUGCCAAACUGGUGGGCUCAGCAGAAGUCCUGCUCCCUGAGCUGCCUUGGCCGAGGGAGUUUGAGAAGGACACUUUCCUUAAACCGGACUUCACCUCGCUGGAUGUUCUCACCUUCGCUGGCAGCGGAAUACCAGCUGGCAUCAACAUCCCCAACUAUGAUGACAUCAGACAGUCGGAGGGCUUUAAAAACGUGUCACUAGGCAACGUGCUGGCUGUAGCCUACGCUACGCAAAAAGAAAAACUCACCUUCCUGGAGGAGGAGGACAAGGAUUUGUUUAUCAAGUGGAAGGGUCCAUCAUUCGAGGUGCAAGUUGGACUUCAUGAGCUCUUGGGCCACGGAAGUGGCAAGCUGUUUGUCCAGGAUGAAAAUGGCAAGUUCAACUUUGACGAGAGUAAAGUGACCAACCCUGAGACUGGAGAACUGGUGUCCAGUUGGUAUCGGGGCAACGAAACAUGGGACAGUAAAUUCUCCACAAUUGCCUCCUCUUAUGAAGAAUGCCGUGCUGAGUGUGUUGGACUUUAUCUGUGUCUCAACAAAGAAGUGCUCAGUAUUUUCGGCCAUGAGGGCCAGGAGGCGGAGGACGUGGUGUACAUCAACUGGCUCAGCAUGGUCAGAAGUGGACUGUUGGGCCUGGAGUUUUACACACCUGAGAGCAAGAGCUGGAGACAGGCUCACAUGCAGGCUCGUUUCGUGAUCCUGCGUGUCCUGCUGGAGGCCGGGGAGGGCCUGGUGGGCCUGGAGGAAGUGACGGGACAGGACGGCAAGCCUGACACUCGAAUCACCCUUGAUAGAAGCAAGAUCCACACUGUGGGCAAGAGCGCCAUCCACAGGUUCCUUCGUAAACUGCAGGUCUUUAAAGCAACAGCAGAUGUGGAAGGAGGCAGGGCUCUGUAUGAAGGUUACUCCAUAGUCAGUGACAGCGGUGCGCACAACUUCCUGCGUCUACGGGAGACGGUGCUGCUGAGGAAGGAAACUCGUAAGAUGUUUGUCCAGGCCAACACCAGAGUCAAUGGAGACAGCGUAGAGCUGAUUGAAUACGAAGGCACCGCGGCAGGUUUGAUUCGCUCUUUCACCGAGCGCUUCCCAGAUGACGCAGAGCAGCUCGAGGCCGACCUUUUGGAGCUGUGCAAAAGAGACUCCCCCUGCUGGUGUUGAUGGAUGGACGGACAAGCUGCUCCACAGGCUGCGUAAAUACCGACUGUAAUCAGAUUUUCUUUUUCACCGUUGGUGACAGUAAAUUGAUUCUUAAGGGAUGUUUAAUCACACAAAACUGCAAAAAGAUCAAAAUCCUUCUUGAAGAGGCUCAAUUUAAGUUUCAUACUAUACAAUAAAGCCAUAAGAUGAGAACAGUUCUGCCAAAGACACCAGCCAGUUUUUCUAGCCACGACUCAGAUCCAGUGACAGGUGCUGUCUUUGAUAACGUGAUCAACUACAAAAAAACGAGCUGAUAAAUCACCAUCACUCUUUUAGAUGCAUGACAUUUUUCUAACGUGAAGUCCUGCAAAUUGUCCAUUAAACUAACGCUGCCUGACAGUAAAAAUAGUUAAGUUUUUGCGUAGAAAUAAUAACAAGCUCAGAACUUGGCUUCGAAUCUUCUCAAAACAACAAUUGUGACAUAUUUUGUCUCUACUCAAAAUGAUGUCCAUGAAUUAAUUUUUAUAGUUAACCUUUGGCUCAAACUUGUUUCACAUUUACGCCUUGUCCAUAAAGUUAAAGGCGUGUGUCGGUGUUGAUGAUUUGACGGGUUAAUACUGUUCACUAGCUGCCAUGAAAGCUUAAUGUUGACUGUAAGGGAAAAUAAUACUUCAUGCCAUUUUUUAAAACCUGGUUUGGUAUUAAGAAGUCAUGGCUGAAUACUUGACUGAAGUAUAUAAAGUAUUGCUGUGUUUGGGAGGCCUAAAUGAGGAGCUGUAUUCAAAAAAUGUGGUAAUGAUCUGCACAAAUAAAACUUGUUUGAUAAGA